AUGAAGAAUCAAUUGGCGCCCGACCAGGCACAAAUGGCAGGUUCCAUGAAGACCACUGCGUUUGAUUCUGCCGCUCCCACUUCGUCCUCGACGACCUUGUCACCACCACCCAGCACCGACAUCCAACUGCAUUCGUUCGGUGAGCAUGGCCUGGAAAAGGGCGGGCAUGCAUCUCACGAUGCGCUGCGGGCUACAGAGAAGCAAGAGGACCUAGCAGAAUAUCCAAGCAGUUUCCGUCUGCUCCUGAACGAUGUAGGCUGGUAUGCGUCAGUAUUCUUUAUGACGGUCGCCUCUUCCCAGUCAACAUGGGGCAAGAUCUUCCGGUACUUUGACCUCAAGGCCAUGUUCUUGGGGUCCAUUGGACUCUUCGAGCUUGGUAAUCUGAUUUGUGGCGUGGCACCAAAUAGCAACGCCUUGAUCGUCGGCCGUGCCAUCACCGGCCUCGGCGCCUCGGGCGUGAUCGCAGGCUGCUACACCGUGGCCGCCUUCGCCGUGCGUCCGGCGCAGCGGCCAGCAUUUACGGGCGGGCUGGCCGCCACCUACGGCAUCGGGUCCAGCAUCGCGCCCGUGAUCGGCGGCGUGCUGGCCGACAAGGUCACAUGGCGCUGGUGCUUCUAUAUCAACCUGCCGAUCGGGGGCUUCGCCGCCGCGGUGCUGUUUUUCAUCUUCAAGACGCCGCCCCAGGCGCGCAGCGAGGCCGACCACAACGCCUCGUGGCGGGAGAAGCUGCUGCAGAUGGACCUACCGGGGUUUUUCAUCAGCAUGGCGGCGGUGACUUGCCUGCUGUUGGCAUUGUCGUGGGGAGGCAGCGCCAAAAGCUGGGGCUCGGCGGAUGUGAUCGGCACGCUUGUGGGCUUUUUCUUGAUCGCUAUAUUCUUUGCUGUCGUUGAGUACUACCAAGGUGAACGCUCCAUGGUCGUCCCACGAAUCCUGAAACAGCGAAUCGUCCUGGUAGGCAGUGUUGUUGGUUUUCUGACUGGCGGUGCUCAAUUCGUUCUCGUGUACUACGUUCCAAUCUAUUUCCAAGCGAUCUUAGGCAUGAGCGCUCAAGACAGUGGCGUCAGGAAUCUGGCGUACAUCAUCGCCAUUUCGCUCUUCACUGUGGCUUCUGGCGCCGCUAUCAGCGUCACAGGUCACUUUACGCCGCUCGUUGUGGGUGGCUGCGCGCUGUGGACCGUCGCAGCGGGGCUUAUCACUACGUGGUCCAAGUCGACGACGGUCGCGGAGACCAUCGGUUACCAGAUCCUCGCCGGUGUAGGCGUCGGGGUAGCCUAUCAAGGACCUAUUCUGGCGGCUCAGGCGCUCGCCGCGCCCACCGACAUUGCCGCCACCAGCGCCAUGUUGCUGUUCUUCCAAACCAUGGGCGGCGCGUUCACUGUGUCGGCAGCCCAGGCAGGCUUUACGAAUCAGAUGAUGCGGAAACUGCGAGGAUAUUCACCAGAGACGGACAUCAUGGCCGUCAUUGCUACGGGUGUCACUGAGCUCCCGAAGAUCUACAGCGGGCAGGAGCUGGAUGCCAUCUUGCGCAGCUACAGUGAUGGGCUGCAGGUUGCGUUCGCGAUUAUUGCAGGCCUUACUGGAGCUGCCACGCUUUGCGCGAUGUUCCUGCCUUGGAGGUCAUUUAAGUCUAUUCAGGCACAAAGAAGCGCCAAAAUGUAAUGCGACCCGUGAUCGCCUCUUCCUAGAAAGGGCUACCUGGGCAGAUUCGGGGUUACAUUAAUCAUUUGGAAACUGCACAAUCUGCGCGUAUUUAAGUGUGGGUUUCUUUUUUGUAUGGGUCGUUUAUAGAGGAAAUCAAUGCAAAAUUGGGCAAAGUGAAAA